AUUACACAUUUAUUUAUUAAGAAAACGGUUAUUUAUCUAAAAUAGUAAUGAAUAAAAUUUGUCGAAUAUGUCUUGAAGAAGGUGUUCUAUCGUCUGUAUUUGCCAAAAAUUAUAAUAUAUCACUAUGUGAUAUGAUAGAGUAUUGUUGUAAUAUAAAGAUAAGCAAAGAUGAUGGUUUGCCGGAACAAGUAUGCAGUAACUGUAUUUAUAAGAUGGGCAUUGCUUACCAUUUCAAACAAACUUGCGAAAGCGCUGAUAUAAGACUGAGACAAUAUUUAGGACUGAGAAUUCCAAGCAAAUACAAUGAUGCUUGUGUAGCAACUGAUCCAUUUGUGCCCACUCAUACAACAAUGAUAAAGAAAUGCAAAUGCAAGCAACAAGAACCAAAGAGACAAACUAAUUAUAAGAAGAAAUCCGAGUCUGAGAAAAUGAAACGUGGUCCCAAACCAAAGCCUAAACAAGAUCACCAAUGUUAUCAGUGUGAUAAGCAGUUCCGAUGUCAGGCACAACUAGAGAUGCAUGUUAGGACCCACACAGGAGAUAAACCCUUUGUGUGCAUGUAUUGUCCUCGCAGAUUCACACAGAAACAUAAUCUUACCAUACACCUCCGAAUACAUACUGGCGAGAAACCUUUUCAAUGUGAAGUAUGCAGCAAAAGAUUCUCAGCGCAAGGAAACCUUCAUGCCCAUUUAAAGAUCCACACUGGCCAAAGAGAUCAUGAAUGUUCAAUAUGUAAUAAGAGUUUUAUAACUUCAAGUGAGUUGACGCGACAUAUGAACAAACACAGAGGAGUUAGAAACUAUAAAUGUGAUCUCUGUGGAGCUGCCUAUGUGCAUUCUAGAGACCUUAAAUUACACAAAUUAAAAAAGCAUCAAGUAGUUCAACAGAAUACUAAGCUCCAAAAUGAAGGAUUUAACAACAGCGGCAACAUUGACAUUAUAGGAAUAGAUGUUGGAAAAGAGCCACCAAUGAAAGACGUUGGACAUCUUAUACCACAUUUGAUUAAUGACAAACCGGAGCAGAAUCUUCCAGUUAUUCCCGAGAACCAGUCACUAAUGCCUUUUGAACAGAAAACUAAGGAAAUGUUUCAUCAAUAUUCCAGUAAAGUUUUUGAGGUUCACAACUGUGCUAUAUGUGGUGAAGACUUUGAUUAUGUGACUGCUUUAGCCCAACACUAUUUGCAUCAACACAAAGACCAUGAAAAUAUACACUCUAAAGUCUAUGGGCUGCCACACUAGAACUUUUUCUUUCACAUCUAUAGUAAUGCUGAUGAUAAUGGUUUCCUACUGUCUUAUUUACCAGGUAACCAUAGAAAUACAUUUUAUCCUUUUCUCCUUUAGCAAUCUUUAGACUCUUUCAGAGUCUAAUAAGCCACUCCAAUGUUAUUUUACGUAAAUGGGUUAUACACUUAAGUAUUCUGCCUAAUAGACAGAAUAUACCUUUAUAAUAUUAAAAAGGCACACUUGUGUGGCAAAAAUGCCAAAAAUGUUAUAUAAAUAUAGAGCUAGGAUGCAGAAGGAAAGACUUAACAAUUUUAAUCUAUUUAUUGCAUGGCCAAAAAGUACAUAAAGAGCCUAGAAACUCGGGCUCCGGUGACUGUAUGAAACAGGAAUAAAUAUUUAUUAAAUGAAAUAUUUUGUUU